GCUCACGCACCGACGCUCGGUGCCCAGCCCGCGUCCUUACCCCGCCGGUGCUCCGUCCGUCCCAUCCGCUCCGUACCUGUCGCUCCUUCCUGCGUCUCCGGAAAGCUGAGGUCGGGCGGUGGCAGCUCGCACGCACCGUGGGGUCGGCGUUCGUCCCCGUUGCAGCCCGGCCCCGCUGACCGGGGUCCGUGCUCUGGGCCCGAGCUCCGCGUUGCGCUGCGAUAGGGAACGGCACCGCGCUGGGCUCGGCCGGGCGCUGCCGUGUCUCGGCCUGCCCGUAACGGGAGCCUCCACGAAGGGGAACAAGCUGCCUUAUCUUGCUUGCAAAAUCCUGCUCACCUGACCAUUGAUCGUUGAGUCUGCAGCCACAGGAAGAGAGAGAUUUGCAGUUGGGGCUAUGAGGAAGAUGAGUUUCCAGCUGCUUUUGCCACUGCAUCUUUUGUAAAGCUCCUGUGUUACUCAGUGUUCCUGAACCUGCCUCCUCUCUCCCAAGAUGCUCAGAAGAGUCCUGUGUACCAUGUUGCUCGUAGGAGCCUUGCCAUCGCUGGCUGAGGGGUCCCAGGGCCACAUCUCUGUGGUCUUGCUGGGAGCCACAGGGGAUUUAGCCAAGAAGUAUUUGUGGCAGGGUCUGUUCCAGCUCUACAUAGACCAAGUGAGCAGUGGCCACAGCUUCACCUUCCACGGGGCUGCGCUGACAGAUCUGGAGCUGGGGCAGAAGCUGAUGUUUGAUGUGCUGAAGAAGCUGUCCUGUCCCCCAGAUGAGUCUCCCAACAGGUGUGCUGUGCUCAAGGACCAAUUCCUGAAGCUGAGCCAAUACCACCAGCUAAAAACUGCUGAAAACUACACUGCACUGAACAGGGAGAUUGGGAUACUGCUUCACCAGGAGGGGCUGAAGGAGGCUGGAAGGAUUUUCUACUUCUCAGUACCACCAUUUGCCUACACAGAGAUUGCCCGGCACAUCAACAGCAGCUGCAGGCCGCCUCCAGGUGCCUGGCUGCGUGUGGUGCUGGAGAAACCUUUUGGCCAUGACCUGGAAUCAGCCCAGCAGAUGGCUGCAGAGCUGACAAGCUUCUUCAGGGAAGAGGAAAUGUACCGGGUGGACCACUACCUUGGCAAACAGGCUGUAGCUCAUAUCUUGCCUUUUCGAGAUCAGAACUGUCAGUUUCUGGAUCCAAUUUGGAACCGACAUCAUGUGGAAAGAGUGGAGGUCGUCUUGAAGGAGACUGUGGAUGCUAAAGGCCGCACCAGUUUCUAUGAGCAGUAUGGAGUCAUUCGGGACGUGCUGCAGAACCACCUCACUGAGGCCCUGAUGUUCCUGACCAUGGAGCUCCCAGGCAACCUGAGCAAGGCCGAAGAAGUCUUGCAGUGCAAGCUGCAGGCCCUGCAGUCCUUGCGAGGCCUGGAGAAACAGAGUGUUGUGCUGGGUCAGUAUCAGGCGUAUGCCAGCCAUGUACAGGAGGAGCUGCAGAAGGGGCAGAACUAUGUCAGCACAACACCGACCUUUGCAGGUGUGCUCGUCCACAGUGACAGCCUGCGUUGGGAAGGGGUUCCUUUCCUCCUUACUUCUGGAAAAGCUCUGGAUGAACGGGUAGGUUAUGUCCGGGUUCUCUUCAAGAACCGGGCCUACUGCACACAGAGUGAGGCUUUGAGGGAUGCAGGGCACAGCCAGUGUAAACCCAAGCAGAUUGUGUUCUACAUUGGACAUGGAGUGCUCAACACCCCAGCAGUGCUGGUGAGCAGGAACCUUUUCAGGCCCAUCAUGCCAAAAAGCAAUUGGAGAGAAGUUGUAGGGCAGCCUGACCUGCACAUUUUUGGACAGCCACUGUCUGAUUACUACGUGUACAGCCCUGUGAAAGAGAGAGAUGCGUAUUCUGUCCUCAUCUCCAACAUCUACCAUGGCAGGAAAGACUUCUUCAUAACCACUGAGAAUUUGCUGGCCUCCUGGGCAUUCUGGACACCGCUGCUGAACAGCAUUUCCCACCAGGCCCCCCGCCUCUACCCUGGUGGAGUGGAGAACCAGCACUACUUAGACUUUGAAAUGGUGAGUGGGGAACUGGCAUUCACAGUGGCAGAGCCAGUGGAAUUGCUGAACCCCAGCGGGCCAAUGCCAAGUGAUUACAAGACGAUCCAGUCGAAGUUCCGAAAAAGCCCCUUGGUCUCAGCAUGGUCCGAGGUCUUGAUUUCCCAGCUGGCUUCUGAUGUCGAGAAGACAGCAAGCAGAGCCGUGGCACGCUCUGGGCAAUUCCACCUGGCCCUCUCGGGCGGCUCAAGCCCGGUGGCCCUAUUCCAAAGGCUGGCAAGACACCAUUAUGACUUCCCGUGGAGGCACACCCACCUCUGGCUGGUGGAUGAGCGUUGUGUCCCACUCACUGACCCAGAGUCCAACUUCUUCAGCUUGCACAACCACCUCCUGCAGAACAUCAGAGUUCCCUACUUCAAUGUCCACCCCAUGCCUGUGCACCUGCACCAGCGGCUCUGUGUGGAAGAGGAUGGAGGCACAGAGCUGUAUGCCAAGGAGAUCGUGGCCCUGGUGGCCAACGCCAGCUUUGACCUGGUGCUGCUGGGGGUGGGCACUGAUGGGCAUACUGCCUCACUGUUCCCCCACUCUGAAAACGGCCUGGAAGGGGCUCAGGCUGUGGUACUGACUGAGAGCCCGGUCAAACCUCACCAGAGGAUGAGCCUCAGUCUGCCCCUUAUCAACAAGGCCCAGCAGGUGUUCGUCCUAGUUAUGGGGAAGGGCAAACAUGACAUCACCACACAGAUCAGCAGGGUGGGCCGUGAGCCAAGAAAAUGGCCUAUCUCGGGUGUCAGUCCCAGCUCAGGACAGCUGGUGUGGUACGUGGAUUAUGAAGCUCUGCUUGGAUGAUGUUCCUAGUGUCCCUUCUCUGUGGUUGCCCUGGCUCUUACAGCCUGGAUUUUCCUAUGCAGUGUCCUUGUUUUUCUGUUGCCAGCAGCAGGUUCUUCUCUGACAGAGUGCUGUCACCUUCUGGGAAAUUGGUGGCCUGCAGUGCCUGUGGCAUUUGAGCUCAGCUCAGUGUGCAGAGCUAAGCAAGAGCCAAGAGCCCAGUGCGGCACUGCUGGCUCUGCCAGGACUGAACCGUGACUUUGGACAGAUUACCUCACCUUGAAGUGCCUCAGUUUUCUCCUCUCAGGCUUUUAUGAUUAUUAACACUGAGCUACCUCGCAGACACAAUGGGAGACAAAUUAAAUACCUGCCAGAAAUUUUCUUUUUUAUUCUCAGGUUUGAAGAUGGACGUGGUAAUGACAUGUCUGUCUUCUGCUCAGCUUUGUCUGGGACGUUGGUGUGGCCUCAGCAAAAUAAGUCUUGUGUGCACAUGAGUUUGUUGUCUUAUUCAUUGCAGCCCAUCAUGAUGUCAGCCAGCACAGACCAUGGCUGGGCUCUCCUGCAGCUCUCAUGGCAUGUGUCCCCUAAAUGCUGACACCAAUUUGUGAGCUCUCUGUAGUUCUGGGUCUUUGCCAGUUGCCAAGCAGCAGGGGCUGAGUCUACACGCGGUAAUUUGCUGCUUUCCUUAAGUGGGUAGCUGGUACCAUGGGGGAUGGAGAAGGAAACAACACUGCUUUUUAGGCUGUUAGAGUAAUGGGGACAGGGUGAGGAACACAGCAGUUUACAAAGCUGUUAUUUCCCUGCAGCACAAUAAUUAUUGAGGGAAAACCUUGAUGUUCAGAACAGUCAUUUAUGUUUAGCCAGCAAAGGAGUGGUGUUUUCCUUAUCCAUCUUCUGUGUUUAUCUCAUUCUCUAAAACAUUUUUUGUCUGUCCUCGGAGUUGAAGUGUGCCAUGCCAUUCAGUGGCUUAUAAAAUUUCUGUGGGAGACAGCUUUAAAAACCAUCCAUGUGUCCUGUGUUACAUUGUGCAUUAAGGUAGUUACAUGUUUGGGGAUGGGGGUGGGAUUUCAGCUCCAGGAUACUGACUUAGAAUGGCAGGGAAUUUUCUCCAUGCGUCCACUUUCAGUUGUUUGGUCUGAUGUUUGGGUGGUCCUGUGUGGAGCCAUGAGUUAGACUCGAUGAUUCUUAUGGGUUCCUUCCAACUCGGGAUAUUCUGGAUGGAGGUGGUGGGGCUGUGGGUGAUGCAGGGACCCCAGUGCUGAUGCAAAAUGGCACUUGGACUCCAGAAAGCAGCAGUGAAUUGUGUGGCAUGGGGCUGUGCCACCCUUCACAGCUCUGUAUCCUCCAGGAGAAAGUGGGAUCCUCAGUAGUUGUGCCUGAAAUUUGGUGACCCUUCACAGACCUGCAGUUCCACAGGAUGUGGAAGGAAGGAGACUUUGUUUGAAGCAGCUGGAUGAUAAGUGUUGGCCUCAAAGCCUUCCCUGCAUGGGGUAUCUGCUGAAUCCUGGUAAGGAGGAUGCGAAUCAGGCUGCAAAUAAUUGCUGUGGUCUGGCGGCACAUGGAACGGUUUGAAUGGCCCGUGCUCCCAGGUUCUCAAGUCCUUGCCUUUCAGCAUAAUGCUCAUCUUAAUGCAGAAAUCAGAAUUCUUAUCCUCCGCUAAUUGUGCAGAUAAAAGAGUACUGAGCAACCUCCAGAGAGCCUGUUAGUUGUCAGCAGUCUCUAGGCAAACAGGGUCAGGGAGAGCAUGAGUGGCAGAAACUGUGGGCUGCAGGAAGAGGCCAAAUGCUCAGGGACUGGCUGUGGUUUCUGGCAGCCCCCUCCCAUAUGGUGCUGAAAAAUGGCAUUUUUUGUGCUGCAGCUGACUAAGCAGAGCUGAGCUGUCCCGAUGCACAUCACUUGGCUCUUGCGUGGUAAAGGAUGGGACUUCUGGUGUAGUUAUAUCAUCUGCAGAAGAAAGACGAGUGCCUUUCCUGGGCGGCUCUAACAACUGGGAUGCUUGGUUAUCCCUUUAUUCUGUGUGUGCUCAUCUGUACGUUUGCUGCUGCCUGUUUUGUGGUUUCAGCUGGCUUAACUACCAGCAGAAACACAAAAGGGUGAGAAUAAAUUGCAGGGGAAGAGAAUAGCAUAGAAAUGCAGGAGGAAGGCAAGCACUGCAGGCACCUUAGUGCAAGUGAAGUCUGGAGUAAGAGAAGUUAGCUGGAAUAAGUAGAUGAGUGCUAGCAAACACUGGCUCUAAAAUAUACCACAGUGACUGAAACAGCUGUGCGGAGGAAGAUGUGUUGGGUCUGGUAUGUCCAUAAAUUUAAACGUCAUUUUCCUCCUUUAAACAAAGUAGCCAUGUUAACUUGAAUCUAGUUCUUGUGUGCUUAGGGUGAGGGAACAAGUUAUAACGAAAAAUGGACCUAUGUGAGAAUAAAUACGUUGUUACAAAUGGCAGAAUCUAUUCCUACUUUACAAAUACUGGCAUUUGUGUUUUCUUGUUUCUGCACGUUCUUUUAUAAAGUUUGAUUGAUACCUUUCAAAAUAAACACUGAUCUUUAUUUCUAGAGGGGUUUAUUUGCACUUCUAAAUAACGUUGUUACCACUGCCAGCCCAAGAGCAGCUGUUCUUUAGAGCUGAAGAUAGGGAUCAUUUGGGAGGUCCCCAAUGGGCCACUCUGAAAUUCAUCCUGCCCUUAUAAAAAUCCAUUAGAAACUUGUGUGUCUUUUCCUCAGUGAGCAUAGCUGUUGGGGUUGCACUGUAUAUAUAUUUUUUCCACAGACGUUCCUUUUAAACUCUUUAAUACUUAGCAUUUGCCAAAUGAGAAAUAAAUAUUUUGCAAUGUAUAACAUUUGUGACUGGCAAAAGAGAUUGGGGAUGGGAAGAAGGGCAGAACCAGCAACAAAUCUGAUGGAGAAGAAUGGUAGAAAUCCACUGGGCUAUAGGCCAAGGAGCAGUGCUAUUUUUAUUUUGUGAAAGCUAUUAAUGGGAGGCGUGCACCUUCCUGAGGGAUUGUGUAUUAACCUUUCUUUGCAGAAGCAAAUCCAUGGAGUAACUGCUUAGAGUCUCUCUCUCCUAAGUGAAUAUUGAAAACAAUUCCUUUUUUUUUUUUUUUAAUGACAAAUGGUUUCUUCAUUGCAUUCCUGUGAUUCAGUGGUGUGAUAUUUACUGUUUUACAGAAAACUAACACUGGAAUUCAUUUUUUCUCACUGUAACUUUUAUAACUCAAGCUGUAAAAUCUUAUUUUCCCAUGAGUAAAUUUUGUUUCCUUUCA